GCAAUGACUUCACUGAAAGGUCAACCUCAACCGAGUGGAUAUCCAUUUCAACCAGUCCACACCUACGUCCUCAAUCCUAAAUCUAUCACAAUGGGUCAGCUUUAUGGAGAAUUUGAUCUGCAGACACACGAAUGGACUGACGGCAUCCUUCCAUCUCUCGUCAGAUUAGGAAACAACGCAGACAACAAAGACAAGCGAUGGUACGUUUUCGACGGUCCCGUUGACGCGGUUUGGAUCGAGAACAUGAACACCGUCUUGGACGACAACAAGAAGUUGUGUCUGAGCAGCGGAGAGAUCAUCAAGUUGCGGGACACGAUGACGAUGAUGUUCGAAGUAGCAGAUUUGGCGGUGGCCUCUCCGGCAACGGUGUCCAGAUGCGGAAUGGUCUACCUCGAACCGGGGGUAUUGGGAUUGGAUCCGUUCAUCAACUGUUGGAUGAAACGGUUACCAGAGUUAGCGAAACGGUUCGCAGAGGACCUUCGAGAAUUAUUCCAUUACUACGUUUUACCAGCGAUUGAGAUGGUGCGGAAUAAUUUGAAGGAGAUAUUGACAUCCGUCGAUUCGGCAUUGUUAAUGACUUUCCUUCGUCUGAUGGAUUUUCGGCUGGGUCCUUUGGCUGGCAGGGAUAACAAACCCCCGCCUGCCCCGCAAUUCCUCGCCUUGAUGAAGGGGCUACUAGUUCCUUGGGUCAUCUUCUCCCUCAUCUGGAGCAUCGGUUGUACUUGUGAUAAUGACGGAAGAAUAAUUUUUGAUAGAUGGUUGAGAGAAAAAAUGAUGGCAGGAGACCAUAGACCUAUACCUCCUGUUGAUGGCUUGGUUUACGACUACAGAUUGCACGAUGGUGGAUUCACCGAUCUGACAGACGACAAUGAACCCCACCCUCCCACGUGGAGAAGUUGGAUGGAAAAUAUCGAGGAAUACAAAAUAACAGUCGAUAUGAAAUAUUCAGAUAUCGAAAUUCCAACUGUUGACAACAUCAGAAAUUCAGAAUUACUUGGUACAAUUUUGUACAACGAAGAUAAUGUAUUGUGCGUUGGUCCUACGGGCACAGGAAAAACUCUCACAGUUAUUGGAAAACUCAGUAGAAACAUGCACAAGAAAUUCAUCUGCGAUUUCAUCAAUUUUUCAGCAAGAACAACUGCUAAUCAAACACAAGUGAGGGAAAUAGGGUGGUACGAUAGAAGAAAUAUAGGCGAGUUCAGAAAAAUAAUAGAUGUCAACUUCGUAGCGGCUAUGGGUCCACCGGGAGGUGGUAGAAAUCCAGUGACCGCCCGUCUUCUCAGACAUUUCCAUUAUCUGACGUUUCUGGAAAUGGAGGAUGAUAGUAAGAAAAAAAUAUUUGGCACCAUUCUGGCGUUUUGGUUGAACAGAACCUCAAGUCUGAAACAAUAUCACUCGGCGGUACUCUCUUCUACCCUGGAAGUUUAUUUGACUAUUCUACAUGAGCUCUUGCCAACACCUGCAAAAACUCACUACACGUUCAAUCUGAGAGAUCUGAGUAAGGUUUUUCAAGGAAUACUGAUGUUUGAACCAGAAAAUUUAUUGGAUGUCCAAGAAAUGAUCCGUCUCUGGUACCACGAGUGCUGCCGAGUAUUCCAAGACCGUCUAGUGAAUGACGACGACAGAUCUUGGUUCGAUUCGCUACUGAAGCAAAAAAUUGUCCAGUUUUACGACAUAGAUCCAAAGGAGGCUCUUGGCGAGGAAACAAUCUUGUUCGGUGACUUCCUGGAUGUUUCCGUUGGAUCCGGUCUGUACGUUCAAAUUAAGGAUUACGAAAAACUAUCAGAAUCGCUAGAAUAUUACUUGAACGAUUAUAAUAUGCAAAGUACCAAACCGAUGAAGCUUGUUUUGUUCUUGGACGCCAUAUCCCACAUCUGCAGAAUUUCCAGGAUAAUCAGACAGCCGAUGGGUAAUGCAUUGCUACUUGGAAUGGGAGGUUCAGGACGUCAAAGUCUCACAAGGUUGUCUGCAUUUAUAGCGGAGUUCAACUGCUUUCAGAUAGAGCUGAGCAAAGCUUAUGGUUUGACUGAUUGGAAAGAUGACGUGAAGAAUAUCAUGUUGACAGCAGGAUUGAUGAAACGGGAGACAGUCUUCCUCUUCUCGGAUACACAG